UUGCCAGAAUCCCAGUGCGGUUUUAGAAAGAGAAGAGGAUGUGUAGACAUGAUUUUUGUGGCUAGACAACUGAUGGAAAAGGCUAUUGAGCAUGAUAAAGCACUCUUUGUCCUGUUUGUAGAUCUAAAGAAAGCUUAUGACUCAGUACCUCGUCAAGCCUUAUGGAGAGUGUUGGAGAAAUGUGGUGUGCCCACAGUAAUGCUCAGCAUUAUUCAGUCGUGUCGUCAGGGUAUGAGAGCAGAGGUGAGAGUGGGAUCAGAUCUAUCUGAUGCAUUUGAGGUAAGAAAUGGUCUUAGACAAGGGUGCACUUUGGCUCCUACUUUAUUCAACAUCUACUUCAAUGCUAUGGUAACAUGUUGGCGAGAUGAGUGUGCAGAGGCUGGAAUUGAUGUACUGUUCAAACAUGGCAGAAAGCUGGUUGGAGAUAGAACUGGAAAGUCGAGGCUGCAAAUAGUAAGGGUGACUGAGUCACAGUUUGCAGAUGAUGUGGCUCUGUAUUCCAGUUCUUGUGAGAUUAAUGAAAUGGCAUCUAGAAAGUUUGUUGAUAUGGCAAGAAAAUGGGGGUUGACAGGUAACACUCAGAAGACAAAAGGAAUAGUAAUAGGGACAGCGAUUGAUGACAGGGAUAUGGCUUUGGUACAAGUUGAUGGAGAGGAAAUUGAGAUAGUGGAUUGCUUUACGUACUUGGGGUCUAAUUUAUCAAGAGAUGGAGAUGUCACACUAGAUGUUACCAGUAGGAUAGAAAAGGCUUCCAAAGCUUUUGGAGCUUUGAGAGGUCCUAUUUUCAACAAUUCUAACUUGUCAGUGGCUACCAAGAGAGCAGUCUACAGAGCAGUGGUUUUGGCAGUGCUGUUGUAUGGAUCUGAAACUUGGGUGCUAAAAGCUCAACACACAAAAAGGCUAAAUGUCUUUCACAAUCGUUGUGUGAGAACCAUACUUGGAGUCAACAGAUUUGAGCAAUGGCAGGAGAGGUUAACAACACGAGUUUCAGCUAUAAAUUUUGGUAUGCAUUGGACAAUCCCUGACAUCAUAAUGGAGCAGCGAUUGAAGUGGCUGGGUCAUGUGAGUAGAAUGAAUGAGGAACGACUUCCAAAGAAAUUGAUGUUUGGGGAAUUGAGGAAGACAAGACCUCGCCAUGGAACAAGAAAGAGAUGGAGAGAUCUAGUUAGGCAAGAUCUGCAAUUAGUAGAUACCAAAAACAUCUGGUACCAGAGAUGCCAAGACCGGAAUGGGUGGUUCAGUCUUUGUCAAAGGGAUGUUGAGAAGGUAAUCACAAAUCGUGGGAAAAGCAGAUGUGCAGCGAAUGUACGAUUCCAAGGAGAAAGUUUCUUAUGUGAAUGUAGAAGAUCAUUUAGACGACAAGGCGACCUUACAAGACACAGGCGGUUUUGUCCUAGUAAUUUGCCAGUUGCCCAGGAGAACAAUUCAAGGGCCCCCGCUAUCAUAGUUUCUUUUACUAUGGGCGGCUUCAAGGUUCAAAGUUCAAGGUUUGCCCAUCUUGAAAUGAACAAUAUAAUUUGCCAACCUCUUGUGCAAAAAUGA